ACCUUAACCCGAAUGUGCCCUUUUGUGUGUCAAAGCCUACCAAGGAUAUAUUUUGGUGUGCGGUUCGAGGAACAAGCUUUGGCGUCCUUUAGAGAAGGCACCAAGUGUAAAAGCUUGCCUUGGAUGGUACAACACUAUACCUCCGCACCAUAAUGUUUGUUCUACACAUUUGCUUUUGGACGAUAGCAGUAGCUGUCAGCGACCAGAAACAACCAAGUGGUGACAGCGUCACAGUUUAUCCCGUCGUGUAUGAAUAUCGAGAAGACAUCCAAAGGAAAGUCGUUGUUUUUAAUAAGGAACAUUCACUGGAAUUGGAAAGAGCAUCCGUCCUGGCGCCAAGAGUUCUGCUUCGUGACUACACCGAAGAUGGUGUCCAUGACAGAUACGUAAACGGAGCCUACUACGAACGCCAUCUAUACGGAAACGCUGAACACAAAGCCUCUCUGAUAGUGAAGCCACAAGGAAGAGGACGUUACCUUGUCGCGGGCCUCGUUAAUUCAACGCAUCAUAUUGAACCUAUACCAAAUCAAAUGUAUGGUGAAAGAGGAACCCCACACGUAAUAUCUCGAAUUCCAACUAUGAAAGGAGAAGCCCAUCACAAGAUGAUAAAUGCAAGAAUGCAGUCUCCUCCACUUGCCGUUGAGGUUUAUCUCAUCAGCGAUUACAGACAUACACGGAUGCUUCAGAAGCUGUCGUUAAAAGCUUUAGAGUACAUGGUGACGUACAUGUAUAAGGUGAGCUUGCAGCUGCAGCAGUUAAAACCCCCUAUCCGAGUCGUUCUAGUAGCAUAUCACAGAACAAGGAAGAAAAAGGCUCCUUAUGUAAGCUUCACGUCUACUGGAGAUCUACACGCAGAUAAUACCGUCACAAAACUCAGGCAGUACGCCGGGAAAAGUCCUUCAGUUCAACAAUCUGACUUGGUCGUUCUAAUUACGGGGUAA